GCUGCCGGUCUGCGGCGGCACAGCAAGCCCCUCGGGGGCUGCGGGGCGACUGAGGCACAACAAGAGAGCCGGGAGGGCGGGAAAGCCCCCACUACCCCGCGGCACACCAGCAACCCACAGCGCCUCCCGCCCCGGCGGCCCCGCGCUAACCCCGCCCCGCCCACCGGUUGGUUGGAAAAGGGGAAAGGACACCCAGGCCGGCCAAUAAGAGAGGCUCUCGGCGCUGCAGAGCCAAUGGGAGCCUCGCUUUUCGCUUCCCGCGUGGGAGAGCCUCAGCCUAUUGAGAAGUGCGCGGCGAUAGGGACGAGGGGCCGGAGGUGGGAGCGGCGCCCCCGGAAGUGGAAGCCUGGUCGGCGCGGCGGCCUGUUCUGUCGGCGCUCCGAGGCCUUCCCGCGUGGGCCUGCGUGUGCCGGGCCGCUGCCGCGAGCCGCGCCGCCAUGAGCCUGCCCCUCAACCCGAAGCCGUUCCUGAACGGGCUGACGGGGAAGCCGGUGAUGGUGAAGCUGAAGUGGGGGAUGGAGUACAAGGGGUACCUCGUCUCCGUUGACGGCUACAUGAACAUGCAGCUGGCAAACACAGAGGAGUACAUAGACGGUGCGCUGUCGGGACACCUGGGUGAAGUCUUGAUAAGGUGCAAUAAUGUUUUGUACAUCAGAGGUGUGGAAGAAGAGGAAGAAGAUGGAGAAAUGAGAGAAUAAGUGUGUUGUAUAUCUGGAAAUAAACUUUUUUCUUUUUUGUUUUCCAUACUUUUCUAA